UAUUCCCGGUCACACUGCAUUUGAGAGUAUAGCGUAGAAAUUUACAAUUACAAAGUAGAAAGAAAAGUAGAUUUUUUUUUGUUUGCGAAAUAUUCGUUUUCUAUUAGACAGCAAGAAAAUACGGCUGCAAGGCGAGUUCUUAGAAGAAGCAUUUAACUUGAAAUUUGCAAGAGCCAGCAGAGAAAUACCGUGGGAACGCCGUUAGUUUGCGGUGGGCCCCUUCUGCUGGUGCUGCUGGUGUGUGUGCGUGUAUGUUAGUGUGUGCGAGAGAGUGUGUUUGUGUGUUUUGUUGUUGUCCCUCCUCCUCAUCCUCCAGCGGAUGUGGAUGUGGCGUUGGCGGGCGCAACACGCACUCGUAUUUACCUCCCCCCCCAAUACAAAUUAAACAAAACGCGCAACAAAAUCAAAAAAGAGAAUCCAUAAACGGCAAACCACCAAUCCUAGCCAAAGGUGGAACAACUCGUUUGAGCUGCAAUCAACAGCAAAGCGACGCUCGUGACCUCAUCGCCAACAGCAGCAGCAGCAACAACAACAACAAGCAGAAGCAGCAACAGCGGCGGCGGCAACAAGUCAAAGCCAGCAGUGGGAGCGGGAGCUUGGCGCGUGCCUCCCCCAAAAAAUAUAUAUUUUAAAGGGGGGUUAAAAAAAAAACAAACCACGCACAAGAAAAAAACCCUUCUCAUAGUUACAACACGGUCACAAAAUCAACAGUUGCAUGCAAUCAUCAUUAGCGUACGUCUUCUAGGAAUUCUCAGCAGCAAGAGCAGCAGCAGCCAUGGAUGUGGAAAGGCGGCGUCGAGCCAACACGCUCGAGCGCGAGAUGCGGGAUCCGAGAAGCAUUUGUAAUGUGGACUGCCUGUUGGAUACGGUAUCGGCUCUGGUUAAUGAUUGUCAACAUGAAUCAUUGAAGCGUCUCAAGAAUAUUGAGCAAUAUGCAGCCAAAUAUAAACCACUCGCCCAGCGGAUCAAUCAGUUGCGAAUGAAUGUGGAGGAUUUUGAUUUCAUUAAACUAAUUGGUGCCGGAGCAUUUGGUGAAGUGCAAUUGGUUCGCCAUAAAUCCUCCAGUCAUGUGUAUGCCAUGAAACGUUUGUCCAAAUUCGAGAUGAUCAAGAGAUCCGAUUCGGCCUUCUUUUGGGAGGAGCGUCAUAUAAUGGCUCAUGCGAAUUCAGUGUGGAUAGUCCAAUUGCAUUUCGCGUUUCAAGAUGCCAAAUAUUUAUAUAUGGUCAUGGAUUUUAUGCCAGGCGGUGAUAUUGUAUCACUAAUGCGUGAUUACGAGAUCCCAGAGAAGUGGGCCAUAUUUUAUACAAUGGAAGUUGUCCUAGCCUUGGACACCAUACACAAUAUGGGCUUUGUGCAUCGUGAUGUCAAGCCGGAUAAUAUGCUACUGGACUGCUAUGGCCAUUUGAAAUUGGCUGAUUUUGGUACAUGCAUGCGGAUGGGAGCCAAUGGUCAGGUUGUUUGCAGCAAUGCUGUCGGCACGCCGGAUUACAUAAGUCCCGAAGUGCUGCAGAGCCAGGGCGUGGACAAUGAGUAUGGCAGGGAGUGUGAUUGGUGGUCAGUGGGAAUUUUCCUAUACGAAAUGCUAUUUGGCGAGACGCCAUUCUAUGCCGACUCUUUGGUGGGCACGUACGGCAAGAUAAUGGACCAUAAGAACUCAUUGAGCUUUCCUCCCGAGGUGGAGAUUAGUGAGCAGGCAAAGUCAUUGAUUCGUGCCUUUUUGACGGAUCGUACACAGCGCUUGGGACGCUAUGGCAUUGAGGAUAUCAAAGCGCAUCCGUUUUUCCGGAAUGAUACUUGGUCCUUUGACAAUAUACGAGAGAGCGUGCCCCCGGUUGUGCCAGAAUUGUCAUCCGACGAUGACACAAGAAAUUUUGAGGACAUCGAACGUGAUGAGAAGCCCGAAGAAGUGUUUCCAGUGCCAAAAAGUUUUGAUGGCAAUCAUUUGCCAUUCAUUGGCUUCACCUACACGGGCGACUAUCAGCUCCUUUCUAGCGAUACGGUUGAUGCCGAAGCCAAGGAGCUGAAUUCAGUGAAUAGCAGCAAUGCCAACAGUAAUAAUCACGGCCCGGGACACAAUCAUCGUCAUCGGCCAUCGAAUUCCAAUGAGUUGAAACGUUUGGAGGCACUGCUAGAACGGGAGCGGGGUCGAGUAGAGGCUCUUGAGCAGCAGGAUGCCAAUUUGAGGCAACAAAUCGAUUUAAGCACCAAACGAGAGGCUGAACUGCAGCGCAUUGCCACGGAAUAUGAGAAGGAUUUGGUUUUGCGCCAACACAACUAUAAAGUGGCCAUGCAGAAGGUAGAGCAGGAGAUAGAGUUGCGUAAGAAGACCGAGGCGCGGCUGGUGGAGACCCAAAAGAAUCUGGAGAAUGAGCAAAAGACUCGAACCCGCGAUUUCAAUAUCAAUGAGAAGGUCCUUGUACUAGAGAAGCAAUUGCAAGAGAUGGAACAGAACUAUAAACAGGAAACAGAGCAUGCGCAAAAGCUCAACAAGCACAAUGCCGAGUUAGGCUUCUCCCUGAAAACGCACGAGGAGAAGGUACAUGAUAUGGUCGAAAUUAUUGAAACACUCCAAAAGCACAAAGAGGAACUGGGCCAGGAGAAUGCCGAAUUGCAAGCACAAGUGGUACAAGAGAAAAAUCUACGCUCUCAGCUCAAGGAACUGCAUAAGGAGACCGAAAAUAAAAUGCAAACCCUGACCAAUGACAUCGAACGGACGUUGGUGAGAGAACAAAAGGUCCAAGAGGAUAAUCGUGGUUUACUGGAAAAGAUAAGCGAACUUGAAAAGAGCAAUGCCAGUUUGGACUUUGAGCUAAAGGCGGCCCAAGGCCGCUAUCAGCAAGAGGUCAAAGCUCACCAGGAAACCGAGAAAUCUCGCCUUGUGUCACGCGAAGAGGCCAAUCUACAGGAGGUGAAAGCCCUGCAAUCCAAGCUCAAUGAGGAGAAAUCAGCACGCAUCAAGUCCGAUCAGAACUCGCAAGAGAAGGAACGUCAACUGAGCAUGCUAUCGGUGGAUUAUCGUCAAAUUCAAUUGCGUCUACAGAAACUCGAAGGUGAAUGCCGCCAAGAAUCGGAAAAGGUUACGGCCCUGCAAUCCCAAUUGGAUCAGGAGCACAGCAAACGCAAUUCCCUGCUGUCUGAGCUCAGCUUGCAUAGCUCUGAGGUGGCCCAUUUGCGUUCCCGCGAGAACCAAUUGCAAAAGGAACUGGCGGCCCAACGGGAGGCCAAGCGACGAUUUGAAGAGGAUUUGGCGCAACUAAAGUCCACCCACAAUGCGUCAUUGGCAAAUAAUCGCGAACUGCAAGCCCAAUUGGAGGCCGAGCAGUAUUUCUCACGCCUCUACAAGACCCAGGCUAACGAAAAUCGCGAAGAAAGUGCCGAACGUAUAGCCAAGAUCCAAGAUCUUGAGGAAGAACGUGUCUCUCUCAAGCACCAAGUGCAAGUGGCUGUGGCACGUGCCGAUUCCGAAGCCUUGGCUCGUUCCAUAGCCGAGGAGACCGUGGCCGAUCUCGAAAAGGAGAAAACCAUCAAAGAGCUCGAGCUCAAGGAUUUCAUUAUGAAGCAUCGCAACGAAAUCAACUCGAAAGAGGCUGCUCUCAACACACUCAAGGAGGCUGAAUCGGAGCUGCAUAAAAAACUUGGCCUUAAGAUCAACGAAUGUGAGGAUCUAAUGCAACAGCAUAAAAAGCAACAGGAUGAACUAACAUUGCUGCGGGCCAGCAAGGAUGAGGAGAUUGCCAAAUUGGUAGAGAAGUGCAAGAAUGAGGUACUCCUCAAACAAGUGGCGGUCAAUAAGCUGGCCGAAGUGAUGAAUCGUCGUGAUUCCGAUUUGCAAAAACAAAAGAGCAAGGCUCGCUCAACCGCCGAGUUGCGUAAAAAAGAAAAGGAGAUGCGUCGCCUGCAGCAAGAGUUGUCGCAGGAGCGUGACAAAUACAAUCAGUUGCUACUCAAAUAUCAAGAUCUCCAGCAGUUGACUGUCGAGGAGCAACAGCUGAAGCAGAAAAUGGUUAUGGAAAUUGAUUGCAAGGCCACCGAAAUUGAACAUUUGCAGAGCAAACUCAAUGAGACGGCAUCGUUGUCAUCGGCCGAUAAUGAUCCCGAGGAUAGCCAGCACUCCUCUCUGCUCUCACUCACACAGGAUUCGGUUUUCGAGGGAUGGCUAAGUGUGCCAAAUAAACAAAAUCGCCGUCGAGGUCAUGGUUGGAAGCGUCAAUAUGUGAUUGUAUCAUCGCGCAAGAUUAUUUUCUAUAAUUCGGAUAUAGAUAAGCAUAAUACAACAGAUGCUGUGCUUAUCUUGGAUCUGAGCAAAGUGUAUCAUGUGCGCAGUGUGACCCAGGGUGAUGUCAUACGUGCCGAUGCCAAAGAGAUUCCGCGCAUUUUCCAGCUUCUCUAUGCCGGUGAAGGCGCCUCCCAUCGUCCCGAUGAACAAAGUCAAUUGGAUGUGAGUGUUCUGCAUGGCAGCAACAAUGAGGAGCGUCCCGGCACUAUUAUACACAAGGGUCAUGAAUUUGUUCAUAUUACCUAUCACAUGCCCACAGCUUGUGAGGUGUGUCCGAAACCCUUGUGGCAUAUGUUCAAGCCGCCGGCGGCUUAUGAAUGCAAAAGAUGCCGCAAUAAGAUACACAAGGAGCAUGUAGAUAAACAUGAUCCACUGGCACCAUGCAAACUCAAUCAUGAUCCUCGCAGUGCACGUGACAUGCUUUUACUGGCUUCCACACCGGAGGAGCAAUCGCUAUGGGUGGCCCGUUUAGCGAAACGUAUCCAAAAAAGUGGAUACAAGGCGAAUUCAUCAUCAAACAAUAACAGUACAGAUGGCAGCAAAAUAUCUCCUAGCCAAUCGACGCGUUCCGCAUACAAACCGUAUGCGGUGAAUGUGCAACGCUCUGCCACGCUGCCAGCCAACUCGUCGCUGAAAUGAAUUAACGAAGUCUCCGCCAAGUUCAAGUCCAAGUCCAAGACAAUCGAGUCCUAGCCCCAACGAAAUUAUGCCUAUAUACAUAUAUAAAACUUUAUAUAUAUUUACUACUUACAACUAAAAUACUUAAUUUAAUGCCUUUAUAUAUAUAUAUACACUUACAUUUAAUAUAUACAUACAUAUAUGCUUUACAUACAAGUGAA